AUGAAGUUCAACUUGUUAGCCACCACCGUCGCCGCUUUCUUCGCCAUCACUGCGAUGGCUGCUCCUGUUGAGGAUGCCAGUGCUUUGGAGGGCCUCCUGGCUAGAGAACCGAGCCCACAGGCCGCAGCUUUGUUCUGCAUCGCCAGCUGCCGAACCCGUGGUCUUUGCUGCAACACUAGCAACCUUCAAUGCCGGGGCUGCUAA